AUGGCGGCCGCGGCGGAUAUUGAGCAGAUGAACAAGCUCAGAAAGACCCUGGGUCUGCCUCUGUUGAGCGUAAGUGGACAACCUCCACAAUCAUCUGAAGGACCAACAUUCAAAGAAUCCAAAAGAAGAGACCAAGACUCCGACAGCGACCAAGAUGACGACCCCGCGUCCACCCUAGAGACCCGGGAAGCCGCCGGGUACGAAAACUGGAACCAGUUGCGCGAGGAAGAAAAGAGGCGUGCGCUCCGUGAACAAAGGAAACGGGAGAUCCAAAGACAGAGGGAUGCCGAGGCUAGGAACAAGAAGCUCGAGGGCAAGGGUCUGGGGGAUCUCGAUGAUGAGGCAGAACUUGACACGAAGGCUUGGUUGAAGGGCCAGAAGAAACGGCAGUCCAAGAUCGAGCGCGAACGCGCCGAGCGAUUAGCACGAGAGCUGGCAGAUCGCGAGAGAGACGCCGCUGUCGAGUAUACCUCCAAAGACCUUGCUGGCGUGCAGGUUGCGCACGAAAUUGGCGACUUCGACGAAGGCUUGGGAGAGCAGAUCUUGACGCUGAAGGACACGGAGAUCGGUAAAGGUGAUGACAGUGAGCAGGAAGAUGUGCUGGAGAAUGCGGACCUUAUUGCCAGAGAAAAGGUUCAGGAGAAACUGAAUCUCAAGAAGCGAAAAGUCUACGAUGUUAAUGACGACUCUGAAAAGGGACUACUGGCUCAGUACGACGAGAAGAAGCGGAAAGCAUUCACCUUGGAUGGUCAGGGUGCCACUAUCGAAGAACGCGAGGCCAAACGCCAGCAGAUCGGCGAGAAACUCAAGAAUACCGUCAGCUUGGACGUUCUCAAGGCAGAGCCUGUUUCGGACUAUUUGGAGAUCAAGAUCAAGAAGCCCAAGAAGGAAAAGAAGAAGUCAAAACGCCAGAAACUUGUGGAUGAAGAUGAUGACAUCGUCUUUCCACAAAAUAAUAGCAAUGGCGAUGCUAUGCAGGUUGACUCUGCUGGCACCGCCUCCGCUCCAAGGGCGCGAACUGCUGGAGACCAUUUUGAUGACGAUGAAGAUCUUGCGAGUGCCCUUGCGAGAACCAGGACUGCGGUACUGAAGAAGCAGAAAAGAAAGGCUGAAGACAUUGUCAAUUUGUUGAAACAAGAACAGAACGAAGAGGCUGAAACUGGAGACACGAAUGGCGGCCUUGUGCUCGACGACACCACCGUCUUCCUGGACAAUUUAUCUUCCCGGCCAAGGGAUGAGCAGCUUGAACGAGGUGUGAAGAAGUCCAUUGAGAAGGCCGAGUCAGAGAGCCCUACUCGGCAGUUGAAAGAGGAAGACGAAGACCACCAAAUGGGCGAGGCUUAUAGUGGAAUUGACAACGAAGAAGAGCUCCUUGACCGCAUCAAGCGCGAGCGCUCAACUGUAACGCCAGAAGUGCCGCACACGGGUCUUGAGGAGGAAAAGACACUCGAUCAAGGUAUGGGAGCCGCCCUCAGUCUUCUCCGACAACGUGGCCUUCUCAAGGAGAGUGAUGCACCCAACAAGAAUUCUCUGUACAAAGAUCGGCAAAAGUUCAUCAUCGAAGCGCGCUUGCGCGAGCAUGAAAAUGAACAAAAGGCACGAAUGCAGCGCGAGAGGGACCGUCAAUCGGGUAAACUGACGGGUAUGUCUGUCAAAGAACGAGAAGAGCAUGCCCGCUGGCAAAACACCCAUCGGGAGCACCAAUCUUCCAUCCAGGCUGCCGCCACCUUCAACCGGGAAUACAAGCCUGAUGUGCAGAUCAAGUAUGUGGACGACGAUGGCCGUAUCAUGAACCAGAAAGAAGCUUUCAAACACCUGAGCCAUCAAUUCCACGGCAAGGGUAGCGGGAAGUUGAAGACGGAGAAACACCUCAAGAAAAUUGCCGAGGAGAAGAAGCGCGAAGCAACCAGCGUUCUAGACAGUAGCAAGGCCACGGGAAUGAGCAACGCACAGGGAACGAUGGGCAAGAAGAACAAGGUUGCUGGCGUAAGGCUGGCCUGA